AUGGCCAAAGCAGAGGUGGGCAGCGCAAAGUACCAGAGCAAGAAGCUCAAGGCUGCAGGGCUCCAAAAACUCAAGUUCUACUGCCAGAUCUGUGAGAAACAGUGCCGUGAUGCCAACGGGUUUAAGAACCAUCUAGCAGCACCAAGUCAUCACUUCCGAGUGAAGGAACUUAGUGACAGCGGCAGGGGAGGGCAAGUCAUUGAGAACUACUCAGCACAGCUAAGGAGUGCGUUCUUGAGGCUUUUGCGAAUUAACCAUGGAACCAAGAAGAUCAACGCUAACAAGUUCUACCAGGAGUACAUCUUGAGCGAUAGGGACCAUAUCCAUAUGAACUCCACCAAGUGGUCGAGCUUGACCGCAUUUGUCAAGUUUCUUGGUAGCAGUGGUGAUGUGAAGGUAGAAAAUGCUGACGACUCUUCCGAGUUGAAUCUCGAAAUCAGUCUCAUAGAUAACUCACCAGAAGUGCAGCAGCGCCAACAACAGAAGAACAAGGAAAAGAACUUGCGAAGUGACGAUGAAAUCGCAUUGAAGUUGAUUCACGACCAGAUCGAGAAGGGCAAGAAGAUAACCCAGGAACUCGAAGAAGGCAACAAUGAAGGGCCCCAAAAAUUGCAACCAGUGAGUGGUAAAGUGUCAUUGAAGUUAAAAGGUCUGGCAAAAGGUCCCACGAAACGGGCUACUGCCUUCGGGAAUGAUGAUGAGAGUGACAGUGAAGAGGAGAAGGUGCUUGCUCCUAAGAAAACAAAUAUUGGCAACAUCAGUAAGAGGUUAUUUCAGAAACGAUAA